AUUCCAGUUUUGACAUACUGCUGUGACCUUUGUCAAAUCACUUAAUCUCUGUACCUCAAUCUCCACAGCUGUUUAAAACACUGGGGAUUGUAACAUUUACCGAGCCCAAAGGAAUGUUCUGAGGAUUAGCUAGUGUUUGCAAUGGAAUCUGAAGUUGAAAAGCAGUAUUCAAGCAGAUGCAAGAACUAAAUAAGGUACAAUGCAUGAAUACAUUUUUAAAGACAUGGAGAUAAAUGAAGGUUGUGAUCGCUUGUUCAACAUAGUAGUUAAAAGUGAAUGUUGGAGGCAUUAAACCAAACCAAACCCUUGAUCUAAAGCCUGAAAGAAGCAAAGGAACAUGCGGCGGGGAGAGCAACACUCCACUGAACUCAGAAUCAAUGCCACGUAGCACCAUGUGCACCCAGCCUUUCCUUCUGAAGGGUCCUGGGGAUGUGCUGUGAUGCCUCUUCUCCCUCCCUUUCCCCCAGGACUUUGAGGCCUGGAUUCUGGCCUGUUUCCAGGAGAGCAGCGAAACUUACGAACCACAUAUAACAAAAAGAACUUGGGCGGGAGCGUAGCGCCUAGAACAGAACCCAGCUAACCAGUAGCAACAGCAGCGGUGCACCGACCACCCCGCCUGGGCUCCCCCUUCUUCCCCCCUCGGCUGCUGUCUCCUCCCUCUUGGCGGCAGGGGGCUGGCAUUUUCCUUUUUUUUUUUUUUUCCUUCAUCCACCACGUUUGCAAAUUUUGCAGCAGCCGUAGGAGAGGCCGCACGGCGCUUGGAGGCCGGGAAUCACUCGCAGGGCCGCUCGGAUUCCCCCGCCCCCCCUUCUCUUCCCCUCUCGCUGCAUGGCGGGCUUGGGGAUGCUGCCGAGGCGGUGGAGGCGCCGCUGCUGCUCGCUGCUGCUGCCCGCCCUGCUGGUGAGCUGGGCGGCGUGCCAGGCUCCGCCGGUGCCGGCCGGGGAGCAGCCCUGGGACGGGCAGGAUGUGCACAUCGAGCGCAGCUUCGUGCCGGAGCAGUGCGCGCGCACGGUGCGCAGCGGGGACUUCGUGCGCUACCACUACCACGGCACCUUCCCCGGCGGCAGCAAGUUCGACUCCAGCUAUGACAGGGGUUCCACAUUCGAUGCGUUUGUGGGAAAAGGCCAGCUUAUUCCAGGGAUGGACAAAGCUCUGGUUGGAAUGUGUGUGAACGAGAGACGUUUUGUGAAAAUUCCACCCAAGCUUGCCUAUGGGAGUGAAGGAGUUUCUGGUGUAAUCCCCCCAAAUGCAGUGCUUCAUUUUGAUGUACUUCUGAUAGAUCUCUGGAAUUCUGAAGAUGAGGUUCAAAUUCAAACUUAUUUGAAGCCUGAAAAAUGUACUCGGACAAUCCAGGUGUCUGACUUUGUGAGAUACCAUUACAAUGGAACUUUCUUGGAUGGAACUCUGUUUGACUCAAGCCACAAUCGGAUGAGAACUUACGACACAUAUGUGGGAAUUGGAUGGCUGAUUCCUGGUAUGGACAAGGGACUCCUGGGAAUGUGUGUAGGAGAAAAGCGCAUCAUCACAAUACCUCCUUACCUAGCAUAUGGAGAAGAAGGAGAUGGUAAAGAGAUUCCUGGUCAGGCUUCUCUGGUUUUUGAUGUGGCUCUGCUGGAUCUUCAUAACCCAAAAGAUGGUAUUACUGUUGAGAACCAACAAGUGCCUGAAUCCUGUGAGCGAAAAAGCCAGACAGGGGACUUUCUCAGAUAUCACUAUAAUGGCACACUGCUGGAUGGCACAUUAUUUGAUUCCAGCUAUUCCCGGAACCAUACAUAUGAUACCUACAUUGGAAAAGGUUAUGUGAUCGCAGGGAUGGAUGAAGGUUUGCUUGGGGUAUGCACUGGGGAAAAGAGAAGAAUAAUAAUUCCACCUCAUCUUGGAUAUGGAGAAGAAGGAAGAGGAAAGAUUCCAGGAUCUGCAGUACUGGUUUUUGACAUCCAUGUGAUUGACUUCCAUAACCCUUUGGACUCUGUCAACAUUACUACUCAUUACAAACCUUCCAAUUGCACAGUAUUGAGUAAGAAAGGGGAUUACCUGAAGUACCACUACAACGCCUCACUUCUGGAUGGCACGUUGUUAGACUCAACGCUUAGUCUUGGUAAAACAUAUAAUAUAGUUCUGGGAUCUGGACAGGUUGUUUUGGGGAUGGACAUGGGUCUUAGAGAUAUGUGCGUUGGAGAGAGGCGAACAGUUGUUAUUCCGCCCCAUCUUGGUUAUGGAGAAGCUGGUGUUGAAGGAGAAGUUCCUGGUAGUGCAGUAUUAGUUUUUGACAUCGAACUGCUGGAACUAGUGUCUGGUUUACCUGAUGGCUACAUGUUUGUCUGGCAUGGUGAUGUCUCUCCAAAUCUCUUUGAAGAAAUCGACAAGGAUAAUAAUGGAGAAGUUUUUCUGGAGGAGUUUUCAGAAUACAUUCAAGCUCAGGUUGAUUCUGGCAAAGGAAAACUAGCUCCUGGCUUUGACUCUGCAAAGAUUGUUAAAAAUAUGUUCACAAAUCAGGACCGGAAUGGAGAUGGCAAGAUUACAGCUGAAGAAUUCAAACUGAAAGACCAAGAGACCACAGAGGGACAUGAUGAACUGUAAAACAAAACAAAAAACCAGUGAGCUGACCUACUGUCACUGUGUGUGUACUGGAAGAUGUUUGAUGUACUGUGCGUAUGCGUGUGUGUUUGAAGGGAUGGUAUUUGGGGAAGGUGUUUGUAUACAACUCUUCAUGUGUGCAUGGCGGUAUAUGUGGAGUGGGUUAUUACACGAGAGAAGGUUUUCAGCUGGAAUGGGUAGUUACAUUUUUAAAAAAUCAUUAAGGGCCUCAGUGUGGGAUUUAUAAAGAGACUGAGUGUACUGACAAACAUGGUUGUGUGAACAAUACGGUUAAUUUUUAUGCUUAGAAUCACAAUUUUAUUAUUGAAUGAUGUACUUCACUUGAUUGGAUGAAAAGUAGAAAAUAUGCAAUUGUUUUUUUUUUUUAGUUCUUUAAAAAGCCUUUUUGUAUUUAAAGUUAUUCUACAGGUAUGUAAACAAACAGAAAAAUGUGUCCCACUAGCAUACCUGCAAAAUAACAAAAUUGCUGCAUUAACAGAUUAGAGUUACUGGUAGUACCCCGUUAGAAAGCAUGUAUUAUUUUCAAUAACUGAACAAGCCCCUUUUAAUACUCUCCAGUAGGAUCUAUCGUUUGCAGAUUACAAACAAAUAAAUUAUUAGACAUGCCAUUGGAAAAUUCUGGCAAGCUGUGAAUAAAAUGCGUAUUUUAAGUUGUGCCCACAUGUGUAAUGAUGGGUUUUACUGGAUAUGUGACAGAAGUUUGCUACAUUCCUACAUCUUAUUUAAUUAAAACACUUCACUCUCAGAGGACUGUUAAAGCACUGUCAAGGUAUGAAUACUAAAUUUUAUAUCAUGUCUACUGUAUGUUAAAGCCAGUACAGUCACCCAGUUGAUCUGUAAAUGUAGCAAGUUGUUUUAAUCAAACAGACCAAAUAAAUACAAUUAGAUUAAAUAUUGUAUUUUCUGGAAAAUGACAUGAACUUUCCUCAACACACACAGCACAGAAAUACCUCCCUAGUCGUAGAAGAGUACAAAGGGAGGUGUAUGUUUCUAUUAUAUGCUUUGAAGUGAGACACCUGCUUUCCUUAAUCUGUAUAUGAAUGGUGCUGGUUUUGCACUUUCUGGCACACUCAUUUGAAAAACUGCUAUUUUUUAAUUACAGAAAAUGCCAUGAACUUUUGUUAGGUUUGAUGCAUGCUGAAUAGUUGGUUUUUUUGUUAUAUAAAAUACUGAUCAACACAGAUUGUACUCCCCCCUCACCUAAGGGUGGAGGGUUUAAUAUAUCUUGAUCAGAACAAGAACCUUAUACACACACCAUAUGCAAGAUUGCUAUCCUGAAUCUAUAUACAGUUUCAUUAUUGGAACUAAAACCCUGAUGAGAGAACACCCUUUUGGGCUGACAGUAGUUAAGUAAAAUAAUUCUAACUGAUUAGCUAUAACAUAUUUCUGUUUUGUACUUCAUAUUAAUAAAGGGUCUUUGGAAAGUCUGGAGUUUCUUAAAUUGAUCACACCAUCUCACCAUUAGCAGUGCCUGUUCAGAAUGUGCUUUGACGUUUGCUUGUACUGAAAAAUAAACACAGUUCCACUAACUUUACAUUUAUAUAUAACCACCACCCUUAUUAAUGUCCCCAUGCCCAGUGAAAGCCAGACUGCCUUUAUGUCUGAGGUUUUGCCUUGUGGUGCUAGGACCCUAGUUAAAAACUACAAGGAAAUCCAGACUGACUACUUAGGUAUGGACUAAUUUUAGCCCUUUAAUGCCUGGUAGAAGAUCCUAGAUAUUAAUGGAUUGCAGUUGGAAUCUCAUGCAUUAUCAUACAAAUGGCCCUUUAGAACCAUUAACAUCUCACCAAAGCAGUGUUCUUAUGGAGGCUACAGUUCCUGAUGUUGCAUAGAGUUUCCUCCUCUAUUUUGUUUCAAAAUACAAAGAUAGCUCACUAGUAACUAUAGUUCAAAUAUACUGCUUUUGCAUAUUUCACAAAAGGUGCCUUUGGUACACAGGAGCUAUACAGCAACCUUCAAAGAAUCAGGGCACAUUGGGCACCUCUUUUUGUGGCACUGAAAAUUUGGAGACAAUUUUUCACACCCAAACAACUCAACCAGUUGCACAGUGCUAGAACCCUGAGGAAGAGGGGAAAGCAGAUGGGUAGUCAGAAUGUACGAGCACAGCUUAAAAAGUUGUUGGUGAGUAACUUUUAAGAAUCAUUCCACACAUUUCACCUGCAGUUGGUCUUGAAAAUUCCAGUUAAAUCAGAAUGGUAAAACUGCCCUACAGACCUAGAUGCCAAGUAGGGAGCAGUACCAGAUGAGUGUGUACAGAUAUCCAAAUUUUUGUAACAGUUCCAUCAAAACGACAAGUUGUCACUUUAACCAUAAUAAAUGGAAGUCUAAACUCCUCACCUAAUAGGCAACAAUCUUGUGUUGCAUUCUUAGCCAGACCCAUGGCAAUGUCUCACUGAGUUUAACUCACUCUUCCUUUCUGACUUAUUUAACUGUACUGUGUACCUUCAGUAGCAUGCAAACAUUUGAGUAGCCUGCCACACUUGUUUGGGAGGAAACUUUUGAUAGAUGGUCUCAGGUAUCUGAGCCUGGAUUUUUACAAAAGAGAACUGAAAGGGUGAGUAGAGGUAAAACUUAAAUAAAUUUACUUUCAGUAUAACCGCUCUUAUUUGUUGUCUGCAAUUAGGUGUUCAUACUACUUUCUAAUUCAGGCUGAAUCAGCAACUGCAUUUUAAAUGUACUGCCAAUUGGGGAGGGGGAGAAAAGGGGAAAUAUUGGUUCUGCAUGAAAAUUUAGGAAUUUGGAGUAUGAAUAAACUCUUCCCCUGAAACUUGAAUACAUAAAUCAUGCAGCUGUCUUAACUUAUAAGAACUAAACUAAUUUUUAAAAAAUUGCUGCUUAAAUUUUAGGCACAUUUUUUUAAAAAUGAAGUUUCAGCACCUGAUGGGGCUCUGGAGAUGAGUAGUAUGUGGACAGUUGGCUGGUUAUACAAUGCUGGUUCUUGUUUCUAGCCAUCAGAAUAAAUUGGAAAAGGAAGAUGGAAUUAGAUGGUAAUUUUUU